AUGAAGCUCCUACUAUCUACGUCAAAUAUUAUGACCGCCGGUCCCUCGGUGAUCCGAUUUCAAACAGAAAAGUCCAAUGUCGAACUGAUCAAUUCGCUCAAGUCCAAUUUCCAAGCAGCCCAACAAAGCGCCGGAUACAACGAAAACAAUGCAGCGACAUGGACCAAAAAGGAUGGCGACACGCUGUAUAUCCCCGCGACCGACUUUGCUCAAUCCGGCCUAUACGAGGACAGGGACCAGUACGACAUCACAGUCAAGCUUUUUUAUUUACCGGGAAUACCAGCUUCAAGAAGAUGCGCCCAUACCCGCGAGGCUAUCGAUGUGGUACUGAAAGAGCUACAUAUCGAUUCCAUCGACCUGUUGAUUGUCUCGUUCCCCGGCAUGUCUUUCGAUGCUGACGACGAGCCGGAGGAAGAAGAUGACGAAGACGAAGGCUCACGCACUGGAAGCGGCAGCAGAGCGAGCGAAAGCACAGAGCAAGCCGACGAUUUUGACAGCAUGGUCAGGACGUGGCAUGCGUUGGAAGCGCUGGCAGAGAAUGGCAAAAUCGCCCAGCUGGGCGUUGCAGAGUUCGGCACCGAACGUCUAGCCAAAUUCCUCACCCAAACACGCAUUCGUCCAUCAGUGGACCAGAUCAAUGUGAAGGACUGCUGUGUUGUGCCAAAGUCGCUGAUAUUGUAUGCCAAAACAGAGAAAAUCCAACUUCUCACGCACAACGACUGCACGGAUAUCUUGCCUCGAGGAACGACUCGUGAAUUGCUCAGUCCGGGUGAAAACAACACUUCGUCGCCGGUUCCGGCAGAGAACUUGCAAGGAGAUAUUGAGCCUCAAUGGGUGGUCAAAUAUACUGCGGUCGUCAAGGACCGUGGAGUGAUUGAGAACAAAGGAUACUUUGCCUUAGCAGAGGUUGGAAGUUGUCUCAAGGCUCAUGACGGCAAUUGA